GUCGCCUUUCUGUCUCCACUCAAUCCAUAAAAGGAACACAGGAACAGAACUACUUGCCGGAAACCAUACACGGGGCUAGGGUUUUGAACGUAGCACUUCUUCAACGAUUAGAUCUUGCUAGGAUGAAGGCAAGGGAAGGCCAUCCAGGCUGCAGGUAUGUAGAUUAAUCCCCCAAUUACAGCAGCUUUUUGGUCGCCCUCUUCCGAAGAAGCUAGAUUACUAGGUUCCAAAUUGGAACCAGGUUAGAGACACCAUGGAGACCUAGAACUGGCGAGUCACGACUGGGGAAAGCGGACAACCAUUAAUGGAGAGAAGCUAGGAACGACUUCUCGACAACGGUAUAGCAACCAUAUUUGAGGUAAUCAAGUUAAUUGGAACUACCUUGCACUUCAUUCUUUACAAACAGAGGAAUGAAUUAACUUUACUUUUUACAUAAUUUUUAUUAGAAAUUUAAUUGUAAUGUUUUUCAAAAAUUAUGGAAAAGUAAUAUAGGGAUGGGGCCGAGUUUGCUAAACAUUGUAAGAAUGAAUACACAAAAUUUAUUGCAGUUUUAGAUUUCUACAGCUUCUAGAGUUGUUAAUGUUCUUAGAAAUGCUACAUUGUAUAUCAUUAUAUUCCCCACCUGCAUGCUAAAUUUACUGGAGUGGCUAAUGUGCUCCUUGCAUAAUAUUUCCGGAUGAAAAGGCUAUACGAUACGAUGUAAUGUUUUGAUACACUACUCCCUUUAGUGAGUAUAUACUAGGCUUUUGAUGUUAAUUGUGUACUGAAGCAUAUAUGGAGAAAAUUAAUACAAUGAAAACUUGGUUUUCAAUUAUGUGAUCAUUAAAGCUUUGUGUGGCUAUUCAGGUUUUCUCUUGAAUAAAAAAAUUAUCAACACAUUUUGGGACCUCAUAUUGCUGGUCAGAAGCUUUCUUCUCACUUUAUGAUUAUUUUGUUAUCUUACUUGGGAUUACUUAUUGAUGAUUUUUUUUCCAUUUUUCUUUGUUUUCUUUUCACAAUAAUUGGAUUUUUAUUAGUGGGUAUAUAUGUAAAAAAUAAGCAAUAUUCCUCAUGGUAAUUUGCUUUAAAUGUGUCUGAUCGUUCUCUUGAUUCCUAAAUGGCCUCAAGUCCCAACUUGCAGCGUGAUCUUCUUUGCCUCAAUGCCAAAUUGCUUUAUCUAAUCUAUGUACUUUAAUGAAUGCAGGUUGCAAAUGGACUGAGCUCUUACUUUGGAAGUUAGCAAGCAGCGUUCUUCAAGCUAGCGUCUUUGUUAUUUGUUAAUACUCUGUUUCAUUUUUUUCUUCUUAAUGAUUCUUUUUAAAAUGUUUACUUCUUAGUGAUGUGGGUUGAACAAAUCAUAUAAUAGGUUGAUGGUGAGGUCUUUCUUCAGUACCUAAAAUUUGAUAGAGCAUAUUAUUGAAGUUGGAAUAGUCUCUUUUAGAGUAUCAUUAGAUUUUCUCUAGAAUUUUUAUCCAUGCUAAUAUUGUUUGGAUAAUACUUUGUAUUUUUAAAAGUACUUUCAUUUAUUUGAAAUUAGCUUUACUUGAGCUUGAAGGAUUUACCAAAUUUCUUUUCCAGCCAUAAAAGUAGUCUUUUAGGUCUUAUCAACAUUUAUUUAAUAGAUUCUACAAAUCUUUUUUUGUUGGACUAUUUAUUACUGCAACACAUAUUUAAGCGUGCCAAUAAGAAGUAUGUCGUAGCUCGAUUGUGGAACGCCACCGGUACCUGAGAUCCUCGGGCGCGACACACGACCGGAGUUUUCGAGAUUACCGGCUUUCCACGGCCACCACUGCCCGGCGGACGCUAUAAACCUUAUUCCUUUUUAAUAGAGGACAAAGAAGUUCCAGGUAAAAUUCAGCCGAGUGAUACGAUGAUAUAAUGAACUCGGCUCCAUCAGAUGAAUCUGCGCCCUUGAAUUCCAAAGACGAAGAGCACCGGAGCCUCCUAUCAUCUCCAACCUCCCCUCCACCGUCGGAGGAGGGGAGAGAACGGAAAGAAGAAGUCGGAAUCGAGUAUGAAUCGCGGGAGAAAUGGGCGGCCGUCGAUAUCGAAUCGGAGGCUGCCGAUGGCGUCGAUUGCAGCGCUGUCCCGCCCUUUUCGUGGAGGCAGCUAUGGCGGUUCACUGGGCCUGGGUUCUUGAUGAGCAUCGCGUUUCUGGAUCCGGGGAAUCUCGAGGGGGAUCUGCAAUCGGGAGCAAUCGCCGGCUACUCGCUCUUGUGGCUGCUGAUGUGGGCCACGGGAAUGGGCCUGCUGAUCCAGCUUCUCUCGGCCAGAGUAGGUGUCGCCACAGGCCGGCACUUGGCCGAGCUCUGCAGGGAGGAAUAUCCUUACUGGGCCGGGCUUUUGCUCUGGUUCAUGGCGGAGGUUGCCCUGAUUGGAGCUGAUAUUCAGGAGGUCAUUGGUAGUGCCAUCGCCAUUAAGAUUCUCAGCCGUGGGGUUAUUCCACUCUGGGCCGGCGUUGUAAUCACAGCUUCUGAUUGUUUUAUAAUCUUGGUGCUGGAGAACUAUGGAGUGAGAAAGCUUGAAGCUGUUUUCGCCAUCUUUAUUUCGACUAUGGCUCUGGCCUUUGCGGGGAUGUUUGGAGACACCAGACCUAGUGGAAAGGAGCUUUUAACAGGUCUUUUGAUUCCUAAGCUUAGCUCAAGAACCAUUCGCCAGGCUGUUGGAGUAGUGGGUUGUGUAAUAAUGCCUCACAAUGUGUUUUUGCAUUCAGCUUUGGUACAGUCAAGGGAGAUUAAUCCCAAGAAAAGAGGUCAAGUCCAAGAGGCGUUGAAUUAUUUUACUAUUGAAUCGUCUGCUGCCCUCUUAGUCUCUUUCAUGAUCAACUUGUUUGUCACCACUGUGUUUGCCAAGGGAUUCUACGGGAGUAAACAGGCUGGUAGUAUAGGGCUAGUCAACGCAGGAGAGUACCUUCAAGAGAAGUAUGGUGGUGGGGUGUUCCCAAUCCUCUAUAUUUGGGGGAUUGGGUUACUGGCAGCGGGACAGAGUAGUACCAUAACCGGGACUUAUGCAGGGCAAUUUAUCAUGGGGGGUUUUCUUGAUCUUAGGUUGAAGAAAUGGAUGAGGGCUUUGAUUACUAGGAGCUUUGCCAUAUUGCCUACAAUAGUUGUGGCCUUGGUUUUCCAUAAAACCGAGUCAUCGCUGGAUGUGCUAAACGAAUGGCUCAAUGUGUUGCAGUCUGUUCAAAUCCCUUUUGCUCUCGUCCCGCUUCUCACGUUGGUCUCUAAGGAAGAGGUGAUGGGAUCAUUCAAGAUUGGGCCUUUUCUUGAGAGAGUUGCAUGGACGGUUGCAAUCCUGGUGAUGGUUAUAAACGGGUACCUGUUGGUUGACUUCUUCGUCUCGGAAGUCAACGGGUUGCUGUUUGUGCUCCUCGUGUGUGCUGUGAAUGCCGCGUACAUUGCUUUUGUCGUAUACCUCAUCCUACACGGCGGUGGGCCCAUUGCCAAUUGUCUCAAUUUCUGGUGGAACAAAGGCGCGCGACAUUCGCAUUACAUUUCAGGACUUUCUCCUUAGAGUUACAUAUUCAGAGGUAUGAUCGAUCCUACAGAACAUUUCAGGACUUAAACAUACCUACAAACUGACAAAGAGCAGUGAGUAUAGCCAUACAUCAUAAACUGACUUAUAUUUCCAUUUUUGCUUGUACUGAAUUGACCAUUGCUUUUUUUUUUCUCAUUCUCUUUUCAAUUGUCUGGUGAUAGUGAUACAAAGCAUAGUAUGAGUUUGUGAAUAUGUGACACUUUUGAACUGUAAUAUGAAUGUGAGAUCUGUGGUUUAGUUUAGUGUCAUUGGAACAGAGUGCAUCCCAUAAAUACAUGCUCCUGAUUUCG